AAUGUUCAAUUUUACUUUACGAGGUUAGCGUUGAUACACUCCGUCUAAUAAAGGUUCAUACUUGGAAUACAUGUUCUUACAAGGCACUGGAAUGAACAUAAUCGUAUCAGUUGUUUUACUUAUUGCCGCAGCAAUCGCCACUGAUGCAGCAAACCCAUGCUGCUCUCAACCAUGUCAGAACAGAGCAGUGUGUAUGACAAGGGGGUUUGGCCAGUACGAAUGUGAUUGCACAGGCACUGGAUUUUAUGGAGAAAACUGUACAACCCCUGAAUUCUUUACAAGGAUAAAGGCAGCCAUCAAGCCCAGCCCAAAUGCAGUGCACUAUUUUCUUACACACUUCAAGGGGUUUUGGAACAUUAUUAACAACAUUUCAUUUCUAAGGGAUUUUAUAAUGAGUUAUGUAUUAACAUCCCGGUCUCACUUGAUUGAUAGUCCUCCUACCUAUAAUCUUGAUUAUGGAUACAAAAGCUGGGAAGCCUUUUCUAAUCUCUCCUACUACACCAGGAGCCUUCCUCCCGUGCCGGAGGGAUGCCCAACACCUAUGGGAGUGGCAGGAAAGAAAACACUUCCCGAUGCAAAAUUAAUUGUGGAAAAAUUCUUGCUGAGAAAAAGAUUCAUCCCGGAUCCUCAAGGUUCCAGCUUGAUGUUUGCGUUCUUUGCUCAGCACUUCACCCAUCAGUUUUUCAAGACAGAUCAAAAAAAGGGCCCUGCCUUCACAAGCGCAACUGGACAUGGUGUUGACUUAACCCAUAUAUAUGGACAGACCCUUGACAGGCAGCACAAACUCAGGCUCCAGAAAGAUGGAAAAAUGAAAUACCAGAUGAUUGAUGGGGAGAUGUACCCCCCCACAGUAAAGGAGGCUCAAGUGGACAUGCACUACCCUCCCCAUGUUCCAGAGGAGCACAGGUUUGCUGUAGGUCAUGAAGCCUUCGGCCUGGUCCCUGGGCUUAUGAUGUAUGGCACCAUCUGGCUGAGAGAACACAACCGCGUCUGUGACAUCUUGAAACAGGAGCACCCCGAGUGGGAGGAUGAACAGCUCUUUCAAACCACCAGACUUAUCAUGAUUGGUGAGACCAUCAAAAUCGUGAUUGAAGAUUAUGUUCAGCAUCUGAGCGGGUACCACUUCAAGCUGAAGUUCGACCCUGAGCUGCUGUUUAACAAGCAAUUCCAGUACCAGAAUCGGAUUGCAGCCGAGUUCAACACCCUCUACCACUGGCACCCUCUCAUGCCUGAUUCCUUCCUCAUCCAAGAUAAGGAGUACAGCUACCAACAGUUCCUCUUCAACAACUCUCUGGUGAAGGAGCAUGGCAUCAGCAACCUGGCUGAGUCUUUCACCAAGCAAAUUGCUGGCAGGGUCGCCGGUGGCAGAAAUCUGCCCCCAGCUCUCUUGAAGGUAGCACUGGCUUCCAUCGAACAGAGCAGACAGAUGAAGUACCGGUCCAUGAAUGAGUACAGGAAACAAUUCACCAUGAAGCCUUACCGCUCAUUCGAGGAACUCACUGGCGAGAAAGAAAUGGCAGCUGAACUGCAGGAGCUAUAUGGAGAUAUUGACGCGAUGGAGUUGUACCCCGGUUUACUCGUGGAGAAGCCUAGACCUGGUGCCAUCUUUGGGGAGACCAUGGUGGAAAUGGGUGCCCCCUUUUCCCUCAAGGGCCUUAUGGGCAAUCCUAUAUGUUCCCCGCAAUAUUGGAAGCCAAGCACCUUUGGUGGGAAAGUGGGCUUUGAGAUUGUGAAGGACGCCUCCCUGCAGAAACUAGUCUGCCACAAUGUCAAAGGGCCUUGCCCAGUGGCGUCAUUUCAUGUGCCUGAACCGGAUCAGACAGGCUCUGCAACCAUCAAUGCAAGCACUGCUCACUCAGGGAAAAGUGACGUUAACCCCACUCUGCUACUGAAAGAACGGACUUCUGAACUUUAAGAAAAUACUGCUAUUUAUUUAUUUAUUUAUUUUAUUUGUAAUUUCAAAUCAAAUCAAUAUGUAGUAUUUAUUGGAAUACUGUGUCUUUUUAAAUUUGUAUUUAUUUAUUUAUUGAAAUGUUCUAAUACUAUUUAUGUAAAUGUAUUUUAAAAUGUUUCUAAUUGCUCACUUUUACAUUUCAAAUGUGUUUUUUUUUUUUUGGUAUUUAUAAAUUUUCUACAAUGUACAUAUAAAUAUUUCUAUUUUUUUACGUAAUUUAUUACAAGUUGUACUACUUAAUUUUUAGUGAAAACCUCCAAGCUGGUUAGUUCCUUUCCUUUCUGAUGAGCACAUAACCUGGAUUGAUGUUACAUGUCAUUGCAUAUUCUUGCUAGUCAAAUGGGGGGCAUAAUCUGUGGCAUAUGUACACUGUAUGUGAUCGUUCUAGAAAAAGAGGCCUGUUAAAGCAAUGGCACUGUUAAAUGAAAAAUCAACCCUGAAUUUUCUGCCCACCUUUAAAUACUUAAAGGUGGUGCACUCUAUAAUGAUCUGACUAUACAAUCAGCAAAAUACAUGGAAUCAUGUAUAAUUUGCAUUCUCAGGAACAUGCAAAUUCAGUAUAUACACAUUUGAGAAACUUUCUUAAAUAUAUAUUUGCUUGGUAUUUCUUUGGAUUAAUCAAUUUGAUUUUAAUGGUCUUGUACUUUAUGCUGGAUAAUAAAAAAUGAUUUUAUUUUUUUAA